GAACAUUAGAAAGCUAUAAGCGCUUCCGGCUUGGAGGCUUUGUGAGCGCGGCGUGUUUAGACUGCGGCGCUGCGCAGCUUCAUUCUUAUUCACACUGUUGCAUGCGUUCUUCUCGGCUCAACAGGCCUCCGCAUACAGUGUCUGAUGGAGUGGCAGCCAGAUGAACAAGGACUCCAGCAGGUCCUUCAGCUCCUGAAAGAUUCCCAGUCCCCGAACACGGCCACACAGAGAGCUGUGCAGCAAAAACUAGAGCAGCUGAACCAGUUCCCCGACUUCAACAACUAUCUCAUCUUCGUCUUGACACGACUGAAAUCUGAGGAUGAGCCGACACGUUCGCUCAGCGGUCUGAUUCUGAAGAACAACGUAAAGGCUCACUACCAGAACUUCCCUCCAGCAGUGGCAGAAUUCAUCAAGCAGGAAUGUCUGGGCAACAUUGGGGACCCAUCUCCUCUCAUUCGUGCUACGAUUGGUAUCCUGAUCACAACCAUCGCCUCUAAAGGGGAGCUGCAGACGUGGCCCGAGCUUCUGCCUCAGCUCUGCAACCUGCUCAACUCGGAAGAUUACAACACCUGCGAGGGAUCAUUUGGUGCCCUACAGAAGAUAUGCGAAGACUCCUCUGAGCUGCUGGACAGUGAUGCAUUGAACCGGCCUCUAAACAUCAUGAUCCCUAAAUUCUUGCAGUUCUUCAAGCACUGUAGUCCCAAGAUUAGAUCUCAUGCUAUUGCUUGUGUGAACCAGUUCAUCAUUGGUCGAGCUCAAGCUCUGAUGGACAAUAUUGAUACCUUUAUUGAGAGUCUGUUUGCGCUGGCUGCAGACGAAGACUCCGAGGUGAGAAAGAACGUUUGCCGAGCACUGGUCAUGCUGCUUGAGGUCCGAAUCGACCGCCUUAUCCCACACAUGCACAGCAUUGUUCAAUACAUGCUACAGCGCACACAAGACCCAGAUGAGAACGUGGCUCUGGAGGCUUGUGAGUUUUGGCUCACUCUGGCUGAGCAGCCCAUCUGUAAAGAAGUUCUGUCUGGACAUCUGGUUCAACUGAUUCCUAUCCUGGUAAAUGGAAUGAAGUACUCUGAAAUCGACAUAAUCUUGCUGAAGGGUGACGUGGAGGAGGAUGAAGCUGUUCCGGACAGCGAGCAAGACAUUAAGCCACGUUUCCACAAGUCUCGCACAGUCACGCUGCAGCACGAGGGAGGCGAGGGAGAGGAGGGGGAGGACAUUGAUGAAGAUGAUGACGAUGACGACGAUACUCUGUCUGACUGGAAUCUGCGUAAAUGCUCAGCUGCAGCACUGGAUGUGUUGGCGAACGUGUUCCGGGACGAACUGCUACCCCACCUGCUCCCACUGCUGAAAGACUUGCUGUUUCACCCAGACUGGGUCGUCAAGGAGUCUGGCAUCCUGGUCCUAGGGGCCAUUGCUGAAGGAUGUGUCCAGGGAAUGGUUCCCUACCUGCCAGAGUUGAUUCCUCACCUAAUUCAGUGUCUGUGUGACAAGAAAGCUUUGGUGCGCUCCAUCGCCUGCUGGACGCUGAGCCGCUACGCUCACUGGGUAGUGAGCCAGCCGCCUGAUGCCUAUCUCAAACCAUUAAUGACAGAGCUGCUCAAACGCAUUCUUGAUGGCAAUAAGAGGGUGCAGGAGGCUGCCUGCAGUGCGUUUGCGACUCUUGAGGAGGAGGCUUGCACAGAGCUUGUUCCUUAUCUCGGCUUUAUUCUGGACACACUGGUCUUUGCUUUUGGGAAAUACCAGCACAAAAACCUGCUCAUCUUGUAUGAUGCCAUUGGGACACUAGCUGACUCUGUGGGCCAUCAUCUCAACCAGCCUGAAUAUAUCCAGAAGCUGAUGCCCCCUCUCAUCCAGAAAUGGAAUGAGCUGAAAGAUGAAGAUAAGGAUCUGUUCCCUUUGUUAGAGUGUCUCUCAUCAGUGGCCACGGCUCUGCAGAGUGGUUUCCUGCCCUACUGUGAACCAGUGUAUCAGCGCUGUGUUACUCUGGUGCAGAAGACCCUCGCUCAGGCAAUGAUGUAUAACCAGCACCCAGAGCAGUACGAGGCUCCUGAUAAGGACUUCAUGAUCGUUGCUCUGGAUCUCCUGAGCGGCCUGGCCGAGGGCCUUGGAGGCCAUGUUGAGAGACUGGUGGCUCGCAGCAACAUCAUGACCCUCCUCUUCCAGUGCAUGCAGGACACUAUGCCGGAGGUGAGGCAGAGCUCAUUUGCUCUCUUGGGAGACCUGACCAAGGCCUGCUUCCUUCAUGUUAAACCCUGCAUCUCUGAGUUCAUGCCAAUUCUGGGACUAAACCUGAACCCAGAGUUCAUUUCAGUGUGUAAUAAUGCCACCUGGGCCAUCGGGGAGAUCUCCAUACAGAUGGGCUCAGGUGACAGGAAGCAGGAAGGUGAUUGUACAGGUGCAGAGAUGGAGCCAUAUGUGGGGCUGGUGCUUAACAACCUGGUGGAGAUUAUAAAUAGACCCAAUACCCCCAAGACUCUGCUGGAAAACACAGCCAUUACGAUUGGUCGGCUGGGAUACGUUUGUCCUCAGGAGGUGGCACCUAUGCUGCCUCAGUUCAUACGACCUUGGUGUCAGUCGCUCAGAAACAUCAGGGAUAAUGAGGAGAAAGAUUCCGCCUUCAGAGGCAUCUGUUUAAUGAUUGGGGUAAAUCCUGGAGGUGUGGUGCAGGACUUCAUUUUCUUCUGCGAUGCUGUGGCAUCUUGGGUGAACCCAAAAGAAGACCUGAGAGACAUGUUUUACAAGAUCUUGCAUGGCUUUAAGGACCAGGUUGGAGAGGAGAACUGGCAGCAGUUCUGUGAGCAGUUCCCCCCACAGCUGAAGGAGCGGCUGUCGGCCUGCUAUGGCGUUUAGACGCCCCUCCUCACUGACACAGGACACGCCUGUUAGGUUGAAUCUCCGGGAGGGUCACUGGGGGAACUCAUCCAUGUGUGUGUAUUGCCCUGCUACUGGAGGGGGGAGGCUGGCGCGACGAUCAUCCCUGCACCCUGUGUCUGUGUGAGGGAGGGUGGGAAGGGUGGGAGGGGGUUAGGGGAGCCAACCUCUGCAUCAAACGCUGCGGUUUAGCGUCCCGUGCUCAGAGUAGGAAUUUUAAAUAAAAAUGGAAGCAAAAGGGGAUCUAGGCUGGGAUAGAGGGAGGGAGGGAACUCGUAGGCAGGGCUUGCCACCUGAUAACUCCACUGCUCUCUUCUGCUGCGGGAGAGCACUAUCGGGAGGGGGGAGGCUGGGUGGCACCAAUGCACCCACCAAUAGUACAGUCUAGUCUAAGCCCUGGCACCUCAGCUAGACGCCUAUAGCACACAAGCGCAUUCAGUAGACCGGCACACUCGUUAGACAAGCUUAAGGCGACCUGUUGCCCGGGUGGUAUUUCUGUAAUGCAUACAUAAGAAAACUACAAUAUCUUAAACGGUAUUGGUUGACUACGUCAAUACUAAAAUGACUUUUAACCACAGGGAUUGUUGGCUAGAGGUAAGGCACGAGAUAUUUAUAACAAUAGGGAGAUAAGUACUAGCACCUUUUUAAAAUAUGUGAUCAUUACCAGUAAGUACAGUGCAUAUUGUCUCGCUUUCAGGCUGUUUUGCAUAUUUCCAGGCCGUUGUCGUUGUAACCACUUUGCAGCUGGCACUUAAGGUUCAUUAUUCUCCUCGGCAAAAUGUUUCGUGUUGACCUUUAAUUCUGCUGUAACCAGAACAACCUUCAGGAACUGUAAUUCUAGUGCUCAAUGUUUUUUUUUUUUUUUCUUCUUCUUUUCCUCUUUUGUUUUUUUUUUUUCUUCUUUUCCUUUCUUAUGCUUGCUUAGAUAAGGGAAUGAUAAAGGUUUGCAUGACUCUGGACCCUUGGAGAAACCAGUACAAUGUGCAGGUGACAGGUUAUUGUUUAUUUUAAGGUUUUCUUUUGUCUUUUUUUUUUUUUUUUUUUAAAUUUCUUUUUAAUUCGGAGCUUCUCACUAUAGUGUUAGCAGGCAUAACUUUUUGUGAGUUUUCUGUUAGGUCAGUGUGGAUCGAUGUUCCAUCUUCUUUUUCAGCAGUAGUUUGUGAGCUUCGUUUUGCAUCUAGAAGUACUCCAUUAAGAAACCAUACUCCAGCCUGACCUUCCUGUAAACUAAGAGAAUGUGCCGCUAAUGCUUUUAAAAGCACAUGUGAAUUAUAUGUUAAGGUGUUGGAACCUGUUAAGGGGUUUUAAUGCACUUUCUCUUAUAAGGAAUUUCACACAGUGAUGCAACAGGCUUGGUUAAAGGCGAGCUAGGCGUAACGACACAAUUUCACAGCGUAAGAAACACGAGAUGACGGCACACGGUGUUCUUCCACAAGCGUGUAAACCGUUUAACUGGUAGUCCCCUGUACUUGACGGCUUUUAUGUAACCACAGUAGACAGGUUUGAUUAUUUGAUAAAGCCAUGUGUAGGCAUGUUGAUGUGGAUGAUGAAUGCGUAGUCUAAAUUAAGUGGCAAGUCUAAAAUCUUUCAGUUCUGAUUUGUUAGUUUUACCCUGUGCACUGUGACUCAGCUUGUAGUUAAAUGUAAAAGCAAAUGAGUGACUGACUUUACUGAAGAAUAGGUUUUUUUUUUUUUUUUUGUGUAGCCAUGUUUAGGCAGUAUAUACUGAAUUUAGUUUUUUUUUUUUUUCUUUUAGCCAUCAUUAUAAGACAAACACAGGUAUGAGAUGCAUAUAAAGGGUUACACUGUUUCCCAGACAAAGCCAAUAGUCAACACUUGCAGUUUGUUCACCAUGUCUUUGCUGUAUUAAGCGGAUUUGACCGAGGCCUUAUAGGAUGCACACACCUGAUUUUCUCUGCACAACCCUACAUAUUUGGCUUUAAUACCAAAAACGUACAAAAAGCAGAGGCUGUUUAUAUAGCCAUAAAAGCAAUAGCCAUGUCUCGUCUAGACUGCAGACGCUUGUGUCUUCAAGGUCCUCCAGGUUUGCAUUGUCUUAUUCAAACUUGUAAAGUAAAACUGUAACAUGCAUGAAAUGGAGACUCGGUGUGGUGCUUGUUUAAUCUUUCUUCUGGAUUUCACUCCCUGUGAUGAGAUCAUUUGACCACCACUGAGCCAGUAAUAGGUGAUUUUUUUUUUUUUUUUUUUUUGAAGUACCUUUUUAAAAUUUGCUUCUUCAAUAAUAGCAUUGACAAUCUAAUUUCCAUUAUAUACUUUUUUGCAAACUGCUCCUUCCUCAGGACUCCAGAAAGAAGUAAAUGACAGCACGUUUUUGAUAGGCAUUCAGAGGUGGGGGGGAAAUUACUCCAACUACUAUAGGUUUGUGAAGAACAUCCUAACGUCUGCAGGCCAGCCAAACUGAUUGGAAUCAAAUAAAUACUUCGCUGUGAGCUCCCUGUUACAAGAAAUACUUUUUAUUUUAAAAAAAGAGCAAAAAAAACUGUUUUUCUGCAAUAUAAUUUGUCCACGUGCUUUUUUUUUUUUUUUUUUUUUUUUUUUUUUUUUGGGUUAUAUAAUUUUCUUUUUCUUUAUUUUAUUUAGUUGUAUUUUGUGUUUUAUAAGCACAAAGGUUUAUUUGGACUUUAAAAGUUAUUUUUAUUUUCUUUUUGUUUAAAGAAUUUUGUUUGUUGUUUAUCAACCAGUUCUGAUGAGCAUUAUUAUUAUUUUUUUAAUCAACCAAUUCCAACAAGCAAUUAAGAUGGAAGCAGGGGAAUGCAUUUGAGCCUGUACUGUGUACUUUAGAAAACAAAUCUGCUGAAUGCUGUAGUGUUUUUAUUAUUAUUAUUAUUAUUAUUAUUAUUAUUAUUAUUAUUAUUAUUAUUAUUAUUAUUAUUAUUCUCUUUUUUUUUUCUCCCCUCUUCCUCACUGUGGUGCAAACUCAUUUAUCUCUCAUCACCUUUCUAUUUUAAUUCUGUGAAACGGGGAAAUAAAUUCUUUUCUACCCAUGGGGAAACAAGUGUACCGUCUCAUUUCAGUUAGUAAAACAAAUGUUUAACAUGUGCAUGUUACAGUUAGACUGUUGUAAUUUCUGAUUAAGAAAUGAUUAAUUUAGGAUGUAUGAAAUGUUUCACUUUGAGAACGUAAUCCAGUUGAUGAAAGUGCAUAUGGACUUUUUUUUUUUUUUCCUGACGUCUAAAAGAAGUUUCCAUUAAAGUCCUACAAAAGUCAACACAAACACCUUUUCUGUUUAUUUUUUUUAUAUUCUGUGAAACUGGAACAUCUCAUUUUUACAAUAUCUUAAAUUGCAAACAAAAAUAUAUUAUCUUGUUAUUCAGUAUGACCAAAAACUUGGACACAAGUUACUAUUUAUGUUCACACUGAUUUGUCUAUGGCAGCAGUUCCCCAGUCGAGUGCUGGAGGACCUGUGUCCGUCUCAGUUUGUUGGUUUACAUGAAAGAGUGUCCCACAAAAUGACAAUUUUUUACAAAU